UUUUUAGCUUUAUAUUGCCAUAAAAUUAGAAGAUAUUAAAGGAAAUAUGAUAAAGGAAUGUGUAGAGGAAUGUGUAGUUGAUAUUUCUCAAAAGUUGUAUGAAAAAGAUAGUGAAAUUACAACAUUUUCAGUAGACGAUAAGAAUAUUAUUGAUAAAGUAGAAAAGCCAUUUAGAUGUCGUUAUCUUACAGAUUUAAAUGAAGUAUUUUCAUAUAAUGCUUGGGAUGAUGUAGAAUGGAGUGAAGAGCAGGAAAAAAUAGCUAUUGAAAAGAUACAUAAACAAAUGUUAAAUCCUGUUAUUGAUAAAGAAAAAUAUAUGAAUAAUCCAUCAUUUUUUUGGGACAAAUUUUAUGAAAAUCAUAAAACACAUUUUUUUAAAAAUAGGAAAUGGUUAUUUCAUGAAUUUCCUCAAAUAUUUGAUUGUAUUUGUUCAUAUUCUGGCAAGAAAUAUAUAUUAGAAAUUGGAUGUGGUGUUGGAAAUACUAUGUUUCCUAUUUUAUUACAAAAUAAGAAUCCAUUUCUUGUAAUUCAUGGGGUUGAUUAUUCAAAAAAGGCUAUUGAAAUAGUGAAGGGAUCAGAAUUAUUUUCAGGAGAUAAUAUUCGGGCAUCUGUUUGGGAUAUGGCUAAUUUAAAUGGAGAAUUUCCAGAAGGAGCAACGAAUGUAGAUAUUGUUAUAUUAAUAUUUGCCUUUAGUUCGUUAUCACCAAGUCAAUGGAAUAUUGCUGUUCAAAAUAUAUAUAAAGAAAGGAUUUCUAUGUUUUUUUCUUUUUUAAUACUCUUUUAGAUGUUGAAACCAGGUGGUAUAAUUUUAUUUCGUGAUUAUGGACGCUGGGAUAUGACACAAUUGCGUUUUAAAAAGGAAAGAUUUCUUGAUAAUAACUUCUAUAUAAGAGGGGAUGGUACUAGAGUGUAUUUUUUUAGUCAUGAACAUAUACCAGAAAUCUUUGGAAAAUUAUUUAAAAUAGAACGUAAUGAAAUAGAUAAACGACUUUUAGUAAAUCGUGCUACUAUGCAAAAAAUGUAUAGAGUUUGGAUUCAUGGAGUUUUUAAGAAAAUUUAAGUCGAUCAUAUAUAAAUAACAAUAUAAUACACAAUAUUGGAUUC